GAAAACCACCAGAGCACACAGACACAAAGAGAUCACCAAUAUAAAAAAGAUCUCAUCUCAUCUUUUUCUUCUCAUUAGUGUGUGUUUCAAAAAUAUCUAUGAUGAAUAGAGUUGAAUCUUUUGUGUUUGAUAUCUCCGGUGAUAGCUUGUAUCAGUCAUCUUCUGAGUCUUUCUCGUCAACUUCUUCUUCAAUCGGGAGGAACAGCGACGAUGAAGAAGAGUUUCACGGCGAAGAGAAUGAAGCUGAGUCUACGUACAAAGGCCCUCUUGAUCUGAUGGAAUCUCUCGAAGAUGUCUUACCCGUUAGAAAGGGGAUAUCGAGUUAUUACAACGGAAAGUCAAAGUCAUUCUCGAACCUAGCUGUGGCUGCGUCAACGUUGACUUCUCCGUCGUCGAUGAAGGACUUAGCCAAGCCGGAGAAUCCUUACACUCGUCGUCGGAGGAAUCUCCUAUGCCAUCAGAUAUGGGAGAAGAACAACAAGAAGACGACUCCACGUGGCGGGAUCUCCAAGAAACACGUCUUAAGCUCGAGCAGAAGCGUUUUGACCCUCGCCAUGGCGGUUGCAGCAGGAGAAGGAUCUUGUUCCGGGGGAGACUCGUCGUCGUCGGGAUCAAGUCCAUCUCCUCCGAGGCAGAGACUUCCUCCGUUGUAUCCUAGGAGACGAGGGUCUUUUGGUAAUUUAAAGUCGUCGUUGGAGUUUUGUGGAAGGAGAUCAUACUCGGUGGCUGAUAUCUCGAGGUGUUUUCCGGCCAGUGGUGUGUGACUCGUAGGGAUCAUAACAUUAAUUUGUUUUGUUGAAGUUAUAUUUAACCCUAUUUUAGAGCAUAAUGGUGUCCUUAUUAUUAUUAAAUUAAUUUUCUUUUUAGAAUAAUUAAGGAUUUCCAACACAAAAUUGUACAAGUUCUCCAAUUUAGACCGUAGGAAUAAAAAAAUAUCAA